AUGGGUGGAAGCGCCCUUGAAAAAGAUACUUUCAAUCUCGCUUUAGAGAUCCGAACGCAGUUUCUAAUAGGGCACAUGGAAGAACAACAGUAUCAUGCUGCUUUUGAUCCUGAGGCUAUGUUACGAGAUGCCUUCUUCAUCGAUGCAGCUGAUGAUGAUAUCUUUGAGAGCAGUCAGGCUCCACUUCGAGGCUUUAAUCUCGAUCAGUUUGGCGGUACAGACAAGUAUCUUCCUGUGCGCUUUAGAGAUGCUGCUUACGAACGUUUCAAUGAAAUGCUUCUUACUGUUUCUGAGGAUGGAUUUGUUGAUAUUGAGGAACUGAAGAGCGCGUUUCGUUGGCAGAGAUUCACGCUACGCGCUGCCCAAUGGAUCCGCAAAAGAAACGAUGAAAUUGAAAAACAAUUGAAAAGUCAGCUCGAUGCUGAAGCCAUGAGGGAUGCUUAUUUCGCCACCCCUAGGGGCAGCCACAGGUUGGGUAGCUUAGCGCCUCGCUCUGAUAAAACGAGCAGCCCUGCAGGCAGCCGAAGUGCCAGACACUCUGCCAUUCCAACGGAAAGUCCAAGAGCCACCGACACCCAGAGAUCGUCGAAUAGAAGAACGGCCGUCCAUUUACUAUCACGCGAUCAGCGAGGGCCAGAGAACCAAGCAGAGUCAAGGGUAAUAUCUGAGGCCCAAGGACGGAGGAAAUCUAAAUCGUGGGUAUCCAUUUCCCGUCUACAACCGAAGUAUCUACUUACAACCCGAAGGUCUUUUCUUAAUGCUUUCUCCAUAGAACGCAUAAUGAAAAGGCAGCAGCGUUCCCGGGAGCAUUCCGGGCUCCGUCGACAGUCCGAUUUGGCACAACCGUCAUCGCUGCGUGAGAGUGAAACAAAUUUCGAAGAUCGCCGCCAAACAUUACCUGCUCCCUCUCAGGCCAGACCGGUAGCAGUCGCAGAGCCUCGGGAGAUACCUAACUCACCGCAGGGCAGCCCUCAUUUUGUGGUUCAAGACGAUGACUUCCUUACCGCCAAUGACACUGGUUUCAGUUUCGACAAUGAUAACUCAAGAAUACAAAUAGAGCGAUCACACAGUCCUCCAGUUGUCAAUAGGGCCAAUCAAGAAGCAGUUCAUGAAAGUACAUCUACCACUGGUGCCCCAGCCGCACAGACUGCUGCUCUCCCUUCUACUGAGGAACUAUGGAGAGCGGCCAAGGCGAGUAUCUCUUCCCAGCCUCACAGGGGAAGAAAUGUCCGCGCAGCAUUUAUCGACCGGCAGGAAAACGCACACCGUAUCUCACCGAUCAGUCAUGAAGCAAGCGCGCGAAUCGCACACAGGACACAGCCUGAACCCGGGCCGUCCCAGAAACGGCAGCACCAUGAAUCGGCCGACGAGGAAGAGGUAGAGGAAACCAAUGGCGAUUUUUUUCAGUACGAUCGAGAGGUAGAUAUUCCUCGCAGGCGCGCUGAGAAACCAGACCAGGGCAGAAACAAACGCCAGAAAACCACGCAAGAAGCCGAAAACCAAGCCAUCUCUGAAGUGCGGAGAGAUUUGGAAGAAACCAGGAGGCGCGCGACACCUGCUGUGCCUCGCAUACCCCCCACCACCUCGUCCUACAAGCAGCAGGUACGUUGGACACAAUCCGAAGACAACCGAUUGAUUCGGUUAAUGGGUGAAUAUGGCACUGGAUGGGCCAAGAUCGAGCGACAGAAUGAGGCGCAGCCUGUAAGGCCAGGUGAGACCAGAAUCGAGGGCCGGAAUCAGGGGCAGCUGAAGGAUCGAGCCCGGAAUAUAAAAAUAAAAUUACUCCGAGAUGGGUUGCCACUUCCCAGGAAUUUCGAGAACGUAACCAUGAAGGCCAGUGACUGCAAUAUGCUUCGAAAAAAGGGGAUUCAGCUCCCAGAUCCUGAGGCACAGCCAACAUAA